AUGCAUCUGCCAUGUCAUCUUGGGCUCAAGAUCAUAAGAGUCCUCGACGCCAUGGCCGCAAAACCAAAAGUGAGCUUUAAGAUCACUCUGGCAUCGGAGAAGACUCAGCCGUAUAAGGUGAUUACCGUCCCAGAAGAAGCCCCCUUCCUUGCGGUGGUGAAAUUCUCUGCGGAGGAGUUCAAGGUGAACCCAUCGACAAGCGCAGUCAUCACCAACGAUGGAGUUGGUUUGAAUCCGAACCAAACUGCGGGGGCCGUUUUCCUGAAGCACGGCGCUGAUUUGAAGCUGAUUCCCAGGGAUCGCGUUGGUAGUCACAAGCUGGUUGGCGCAUGA